GUUGGCUUCUUGGUCUUUUUUGGAGGGCGAAGGAAGGGAAGGGAUCUCGCUUGAGCCGUGCAGAGAGAGAGCUUGGACAUGUGUUGUCAGCACAUCUGGGGAAUACAGUCUGCAAGCCCGAAAGGAAAUUUGCUGGGAUCGUUCAAACUGCGAUAUUGAUCUUUGUUAUUUUUUUUCGCCGAGGGAUGCACUUGGCAUGAGAAUCGGAGGAUGGAAAUUGUUUGGGAGGUGCUUUUCCUUCUGCAAGCGAAUUUCAUCGUCUGCAUUUCAGCUCAACAAAAUUCACCAAAAAUCCAUGAAGGCUGGUGGGCUUAUAAGGAGGUGGUCCAGGGAAGCUUUGUUCCAGUUCCCUCGUUUUGGGGUUUGGUGAACUCAGCUUGGAAUCUUUGCUCUGUUGGGAAAAGACAGUCACCUGUCAAUAUUGAAACCAGCCAUAUGAUCUUUGAUCCCUUCCUAACUCCGCUUCGCAUAAACACAGGGGGAAGAAAGGUCAGUGGGACAAUGUAUAAUACAGGCAGACAUGUUUCUCUGCGACUAGACAAAGAGCAUUUGGUCAACAUCUCUGGAGGGCCGAUGACAUAUAGUCACCGCUUAGAAGAAAUCCGGCUACAUUUUGGAAGUGAAGACAGCCAGGGAUCAGAGCACCUACUCAAUGGGCAGGCUUUCUCUGGGGAGGUUCAGCUAAUCCACUAUAACCAUGAGUUGUACACAAAUGUCACAGAAGCUGCGAAGAGUCCUAAUGGCUUGGUGGUAGUUUCCAUAUUUAUGAAAGUAUCUGAAUCAUCAAAUCCAUUUCUAAAUCGUAUGCUUAACAGAGACACCAUAACAAGAAUAACGUAUAAAAAUGAUGCAUACUUACUACAGGGGCUUAAUAUUGAGGAACUUUAUCCAGAGACCUCUAGUUUCAUUACAUAUGAUGGGUCAAUGACAAUUCCACCCUGCUACGAAACAGCAAGCUGGAUAAUAAUGAACAAACCUGUCUACAUAACAAGGAUGCAGAUGCAUUCUUUACGACUGCUAAGCCAGAAUCAGCCAUCACAGAUAUUUCUGAGCAUGAGUGACAAUUUCAGACCAGUCCAGCCUCUCAACAAUCGAUGUAUCCGAACUAAUAUCAACUUUAGUUUACAGGGAAAAGAUUGUCCAAACAAUAGAGCACAGAAACUACAGUAUAGAGUAAAUGAAUGGCUCCUCAAGUAAGUAAGAGAGCAGGCAGAACCCAUAACCUCAGUGGAAUGCAACUACUGUGAAUUGACAUAAUCUAGAGUGCACCCAACCUCAUUCUCUCUUUGGGUUCACGACAGCAUGUGCAAAUGUGCUGUAAGAAAUGAGCUGCCAUGGUGGAAACUCAACUAAAAAUUCAUUCAUGUGAUCAGUGGUAAUAAUUAAAAAAAAAAGUAAAAAGACAGUAUUACAGUAAAUGUGAUUACAAUUUUGAUACAGUUUUCCUCAACUAAUCUAGCUUCACAAAGAAAGACUUUUCAGCCUUUGUACAUAUGAAAUUCUUCCUCUUUUCCCUCUCUCCCUCAAAUUAAAAAAAAAAAAAAAGAAAGAAAAAAAAGGUGGCUCGGUACAGCAUCAAAGUGGAGUUGUGUUCUGUGUGCCAAGUAAUCCUUGGAAAGCUCUCAUUAUUUCACUGUCAUUAAUGGAUACUGACAAGACAGAACCAGACGACUGUAGAGGAUACUUAUUUCUAGGUUUAUGAUCCUUCUGUUCAUUUAAUUAAAAAAAAAGGGAAAGACUUUGAGAGAUAAGUAUUGUAAAUAUAUCACUGCAGAAUAUAAAGGAAAUUGAAAUAUUUCCCUCUUUGUCACAUAUCUGUGGUAGGAUUUGCCAAGAUCAGAACUGAUCCAUUUUCUGUUUCUUGUUUUACAACAGGUCAUGCGUUGUGUUGGUUACAACUAACAACUCAAUAAAUGUGUUCAACAAAUUAAUUUAGUAAACUUGCUUUGGUUUAUUUUUUCUUUCUGAAAUAACAAGCCUCUGGUACUUGUGGCUGCAUUAUUUGUGUUUUUCUUCCCCCUCCCCCCUUUUUAACUUAAUUUAUUUGUUUGCAGUCAAUUAAGGUGAGUUAAUUGGGAAUACAGUUAACAAAGCCAGUAUAACUUUAACUCCACUUUAUGGUUCAUCAUCAGUAAGAACUGGUCUUCAGAAGCAGAAUGCAGUUGAAACGUAUCUCAGUAUAAAAUUCCCAUUUUCCCUGUUGAAUCCAUUACUGGGAUAAACAAAUUCAACCUUGUAAAAACUGGUGGUGGAAAGGAAUGUAUUUUCUUUCCAGAUAAAGCAGAAGCUAACCAAGUAAAAGCGAAUGCCUUUUUUCCUUGUUUAUGAUGGUCAUUCACUGUGUUUGGUUACUGUCAAGAACUCAAUAAAUGUGUUUAACAAGUUCA